UUUUUUUUUUUUUUUUUGGUACCAUAGAGUUGCACUGAAAACAGAAGAUAGAGGGAGUCUCGGAGCUCGCCAUCUCCAGCGAUCUCUACAUUGGGAAAAAACAUGGAGUCAGCUCCCGCAGCCCCCGACCCAGCCGCCAGUGAGCCGGGCAGCAGCGGCUCCGAAGCGGCCGCCGGCUCCAGGGAGACCCCGCUGAACCAAGAAUCCGCCCGGAAAAGCGAGCCGCCGGCUCCAGUGCGCAGACAGAGCUAUUCCAGCACCAGCAGAGCUGACCAAAUUGAAGCGUGUGGGUUUCCAGGAUUAAAGAACACUAGUGCAUUAAACGGGAAACAAACCUCUCCAAAAUCCCAAGGUAUUUCGGUAACAAAGAAGACACAUACAUCUCAAAUUGAAAUUAUUCCAUGCAAGAUCUGUGGAGACAAAUCAUCAGGAAUCCAUUAUGGUGUCAUUACAUGUGAAGGCUGCAAGGGCUUUUUCAGGAGGAGUCAGCAAAGUAAUGCCACGUACUCCUGUCCUCGUCAGAAGAAUUGUUUGAUUGAUCGAACUAGUAGAAACCGCUGCCAACACUGUCGAUUACAGAAAUGCCUUGCUGUAGGGAUGUCUCGAGAUGCUGUAAAAUUCGGUCGGAUGUCAAAAAAGCAGAGGGACAGCUUAUACGCCGAGGUACAGAAACACCGAAUGCAGCAGCAGCAGCGAGAUCACCAGCAGCAGCCUGGAGAGGCAGAGCCGCUGACACCUACCUAUAAUAUCACCACCAAUGGGCUCACGGAGCUUCACGACGACCUCAGUAAUUACAUUGAUGGUCAUACCCCUGAAGGUAGCAAAGCAGACUCUGCAGUUAGCAGCUUCUACUUAGACAUACAGCCUUCUCCAGAUCAGUCGGGUCUUGAUAUUAAUGGAAUCAAACCAGAACCAAUAUGUGACUACACACCAGCAUCGGGCUUCUUCCCUUAUUGCUCUUUCACAAAUGGAGAGACUUCUCCGACUGUAUCCAUGGCAGAAUUAGAACACCUUGCACAGAAUAUUUCCAAGUCACAUAUGGAAACUUGCCAAUACUUGAGAGAGGAACUACAGCAGAUAACAUGGCAGACCUUUCUCCAGGAAGAGAUUGAAAACUAUCAGAACAAGCAAAGAGAAGUAAUGUGGCAGUUGUGCGCGGUCAAAAUAACAGAAGCUAUUCAGUACGUAGUGGAGUUUGCCAAACGCAUUGAUGGAUUUAUGGAACUGUGUCAAAAUGAUCAAAUUGUGCUUUUAAAAGCAGGUUCUUUGGAAGUGGUGUUUAUCAGAAUGUGCCGUGCCUUUGACUCUCAGAACAACACCGUAUACUUUGAUGGGAAAUAUGCUAGCCCUGAUGUGUUCAAAUCCUUAGGUUGUGAAGAUUUUAUUAGCUUUGUUUUUGAAUUUGGAAAGAGUUUAUGUUCUAUGCACCUGACUGAAGAUGAGAUUGCAUUGUUUUCUGCAUUUGUGUUAAUGUCUGCAGAUCGCUCGUGGCUGCAGGAGAAGGUAAAAAUAGAAAAAUUACAGCAGAAAAUUCAACUAGCACUUCAGCAUGUCCUACAGAAGAAUCAUCGGGAAGAUGGAAUAUUAACCAAGUUAAUAUGCAAGGUGUCUACAUUAAGAGCACUAUGUGGACGACAUACAGAAAAGCUUAUGGCAUUUAAAGCAAUAUACCCAGACAUUGUGCGACUUCAUUUUCCUCCGUUAUACAAGGAGUUGUUCACUUCAGAAUUUGAGCCAGCAAUGCAAAUUGAUGGGUAAAUGUUAUCACCUAAGCACUUCUAGAAUGUCUGAAGUACAAACAUUAAAAAAAAAAAUUAACCAAGACACUUUAUAUGGCCCUGCACAGACCUGGAGAGCCAACACACUGCACAUCUUUCGGUGGUCGGGGUCAGGCAAAGGAGGGGAAACAAUGAAAACAAAUAAAAGUCGAAUUUGUUUUUCUCAUGCAUAUGAUUUCCAUUAUGCCUACAGAUAUGGACCCUUUUUCUGUCUUGGCUUCUUGAUCUUUGACCUCUGUUUACAAGGUUGUCUUUUCUUGUAGUUCACUGCCCACAGACUUUCUACCGAGUAAUCAGUCUUUCUAGUCAGAACAGAGAAGUCCAAUAGUAACCAGGGACUGCUGGGGAUGCAGAGCAGAGGUUGACUGCCCUGGUUUGUAUAACCUGCUCGUUGUCUCAUGAAGGAAGAUUUUUAUUUUUUUCACCUAUUAUUGCCAGUAGGCAGGACAGCACGGAAAGGGUCCAUAGCAAUAGCAACAAUAGCAUUAUAAUAUAUUACAGGGUAAAUGGGCAUGAAGACUAUAUAUAGCUAAAGAGAUAUUGUUUAUAUAUUGUUUUAAUUAAUAUAAAAUGUAGUAACUGGUAUAGCUUUUCUUGUUGAAUUGAUAAGGCACUUUUCAUUUUGCACCUUUUUUCUUUAAAUUAAAUGCUAGCGUGUUCAUUGUUGUGUCGCACGUGCACCAGAAAGGCAAGUUUAACUGAAAAAAAAAAAAAGGCUUGGAAGGUACGUGAGGAGGUGUUUAUGCUGCUGUUUUCAAAAAUACUUUUAAAAGAAUGGCUGGUCAUAUCUAGAAAUGAUUAUGUUCAUUUUUUACACAUGGAAUUUGAGUCUGAAACUGACAUAGCCCUAAAGGAUGCUUUGCCUUUUGGCAAGUUUUAAAAAACGAAUGUAUUUAAGCUUCCUACAAAGUAUAAUUGCAACUCUAGGUGGAGACUGAGCAUGUAGACUGUUAGGCACAUUUUGGAAAAGUUUUUAAAUGCUAUUUAUUCUCCUAUCCCUGACCCUGUAAAUCCCAUAGCCCUAAUUAUGCAGAAUCCAGUAUUUAUAUUUAGAUACCUUCCAGUAGCAAUCAUUGAGCUUUGGAACAAAUCAGUAACCAGUGUAUUUAUUGGAAUUAACUUUUUACUACCAGAACAAAUUUGUGGUCAUAAAGCACAGACUAAGGGGAGGCAUGAAUUAGGGGCAAAAGGGGUGGAGAAGCAGUUCUCAUGGGUUCUUAUUAUACUGUGGGAAUCCUGAAAGCAUACCACCGAAUAAACUAUAGCUAUUCUCAUAUUCUAGAAUUCUAGAAAAUAUUGCACUUUUCAUUUUGUAGGCCACAGAGGGUAGAACAGAGGCAAGAUAUGUUGAACCAUUUUAUCUUAUUUGUUAAAUAGUAAGCAAAAUGUCUUUAUGUUUAGAAAGUGAAGCUGAUACCACCAGUUCGUAGUGUUUUCAGUAGGAAAAUCAGGGCUGCCAUUUAUUUUGGCAUAUCAUUAGGAAUACAGUUGGAGUUUUCACGCAGUGGGAGAAGGGAGAUUUCCCCCAUUCCCAUAGGAAAGGAGUAAUAUCAAGGCACAGUGAGCUCAUUUCCAGAACAGGAUUGUCAUUCCUUCCUCUUAAGUCUAUAAAUGUUCGUUUUGGUCCUACAAGGUGUCAUACUGAGUCCAAAACAUGAGAUUCAUACAUCUGAUUUUCUAUUUUGUGUGUGUGUGUUGAACUCUUCAGCCCUGUUACCCAUGUGCUAGUCUAUGCCUCAGGGCAAAAAGUAUUUGAUGGCUGUGAUAUCAUUUGAUAACCAUUACACAUGCGAGGACCUGAAUAUUUUCCUUCUAUUUCUUCGUGCUAGAAGCAAAAGAGUAGUGCCAAAUGUAUCUUCAAGGACAGUUGGGUUUUUGGUUUUUGGGUUCUUUUUUCAGUAGCAGGCUGGAACUCACACACAGAAAAAGAAUGUGUAAAACC